AUGGCGGCUUGGCGGUGUGCGAAGAACGCGGUCAAGCCCUUCGCGGCGUCUCUGGCGGGGCCGCACCUCUCGCACCAGUACGUCCAUGUGACGCGCCGGUACCACGUCGUCGCGGGCUUUGCCUACGUCGUUUUCUCGCUCGUGACUGCUGCCUACUACCUCCAACUCCUCGCGCCGUCGCUCACCAACGUCCUUUUCUGGCCCGGCUUCAACCAAUCUGGGUACCAGGCCUACCUCAUUGACGCAGCGAACGCGGCGCUGACGACAGCCUCCAUGGCGGCGCCCGUCUCGAGUCCGCUCUCGAGUUAUGUGAUGCCGACCACAUACUAUGGAUCGUCGACACCGCCGAUGACAGCCUACUACGCCACGUACGCAAGGCGCAUCGCCCAGACAGAGCUCAUACCGCUAAAAGAGGCCAUUCCGAUGCUGCGCGCCAUGCCCAUCGCCUAUGCCAAAGGCGUGCGCACCCAGCAAUGCUGGGUGGACUGGCUCAAAACGUGGGAGGUCGCGCACACGAAUGCGCGGCAAGCCCGUUGCGUCGCGAAGUACGCGUCCAACGGCGCUGUCUACUACGAGUCGGUGCUUCGGAACGUCAACGUCACGGCCUUCCUUGCCGCGUACGGAGGCGUCGGCAAUGAGUUCACCGUCGCCAUCCAAACGGCACUAUUGGCCACGCCCGCCGGCCGUGCCUGGCUCGACAAAAUGACGACGUUGCGUCACGGCAGCGUCGAGGACGAGAUUGCCCAAUGGCGCACACACGGCCUGGACGAGUACCGGCAUCUAUGGCACAACCAAUAUCGCACGGGUGUGUUUGAGAGCCUCGCGAUCGAGAAUGCACUUGGCAUGACCGAGGCCGUGAGUCUCAAGACGUCGCCAUCGACCACCGGUCCAUGGACCAGCGUCAUUUUGUACUGGCUGCCCGCGAAUGACUGGUCGACGGUCCAAGGGCUCAACAUGAGUCUCGUGCGAGGUGCGAUCAACGACUUUCGACGCACUUAUGCGUUUGAGGACUUUCUUGGUGUUCAAAACAAUGGCUCGUCGUUCAUCAACCAAACCGGCCUCGUGCACCAUGGCAUUGGACCGUUCCUCUCGAUCGAUCCGUGGCUGCUGCCCGUGCCGCCGUCGCUUCUCGCGCUGCACACGACGCUCGCUGCAUCGUUGCGAGUGCAUUUCAGUACAUCGACCCGCGCUGCCACCUUUGAAAAUCUCGCGGCCACAUCCAUCGCGCUGCAUGUCCCGUCCUGGGAUGCAUCGUACACGUACUACGGCGGCAACCCACUCUGCCUCUACAAUAGCCCGUCAGCCUAUCCGCAGGCAUCGCUUAGCUUUGAAGACGCUUGCGACGGCAGCGCUUCGUUGCUGACACUGACACUGGCGCCGCUACCUCUUUUGUACACGCUACUGGUCUUGAACGGAUCGGUGCCCGACGCUUCGUUGUUCUGUGCUGGCAACGUCGGUUGCGCGACGCUUCUCGAUGCAGCCGUGCAUGCGGUCCCUGCACUACCCUCGCUGAUGCGUGACGACGUCGUGUCGGCGAUGACGGAUGUGAUGCCCUUGAACGUCGGGUUUCUCCAGUUUGCGACCGACGCCAAGGAGGACUGGCAUCUCCUCUUUGCGCCGUUGAACGUGUCGCUUUCUGCGCCGAUGGCCUGGCGGUUUUCCAGCUGGCUCUUGCUCUUCGACUGGGUCCUUGGCGUGCGCGAGGUCGUGGCCUUUGAUGGCGACGCUGCGACGCGCGUCCUUCUCUCGCGCGAGAGCCCACCCCUCGUGGUGCCGGCGGCGGCCGCCAGCGACCUCGGCAGCAUCCACAUUGGCAACCGCAUUGUCUGGUACCUCGCCGUCUACGCCAGCAGCAUCGCCCUCUUUGUCGCGCUUCUCUGCGUCGGGUUUGCCGCGCACAGUGCUCAUUGGCGCAUUGAGGGGCGGAAUCUCUAUUUCUUCAACCGGCUCACGGCGGCGACGUGGGUCGGCCGCCCACUCACGGUCCUUCGCGGCGGCACAGCGCUGCUGCUCUUGUCGACGGCGCCGUUCCCGCUGCAGCUUGUGGACGGCUAUACGUUUCUGCAGUGGCAGCCGCGCCCGCUCCUGCAUGUGUGCGUGCUCGCUGGCGAAGCGACGUGGCUCAC